AAAAAAGGGAGGAAAAAAAAAGAAGCACCGGAGAAAAGCGUCAAGUGUGCGGGGACUUGCGCCGCUGGCACUCUCGCUCGCCGCUGCGCUUCCCGACCAAACCAGCGGGGUGCGCGUGCUCGUGCGCUUCCCCCUCCUCCCUCGCUCGGCUAAGCCAGCGAUGCGCGGGCCCUCGGCGCGAUCUGCGGUGGUCGGGAUCUGAGGAGAGAGGCGGGGGAUGGCGGCGGCGGCGGCGGCGGCGACGGUGGAGGCGGUGGGGGUGGCGGGGGGGAGGAGGAGGCGGAGCGGGAGCGUGGCGCUCGGGGACCUGCUGCGGCGUGAGGCGUCGGCGGAGCGCGCUUCGGCGUCGGCGUCGGCGGGUGCGGGCGGGCGGGAGCGGGAGCGGCGGCCCAGCGUCGCGGCGGGGCAGGCGUGUAGGGCUAAGAAGGGGGAGGACUUCGCGCUGCUCAAGCCGGCCUGCGAGCGCCUCCCGGCCGGCGGCGCCCCCUUCUCCGCCUUCGCCCUGUUCGAUGGGCACAACGGGAGCGGCGCCGCGGUGUACGCCAAGGAGAAUAUCCUCAGCAACGUCAUGUGCUGCGUUCCUGCCGAUCUGAGCGGCGACGAGUGGCUCGCAGCGCUCCCGAGGGCGCUGGUGGCCGGGUUCGUCAAGACGGACAAGGAUUUUCAAACAAGAGCCCAUUCUUCAGGAACAACCGUGACGUUUGUCAUAAUCGAUGGGUACGUUGUGACCGUUGCAUCCGUUGGCGAUUCGCGGUGCGUCCUUGAAGCUGAGGGUACCAUUUACCAUUUGUCCGCUGACCAUCGCUUCGAUGCUAGCGAAGAGGAGGUUGGACGUGUAACAGAAUGCGGAGGUGAAGUUGGAAGGCUAAAUGUUGUCGGCGGAGCUGAGAUUGGGCCACUUAGAUGUUGGCCUGGUGGCUUGUGCCUAUCAAGAUCAAUUGGUGAUCAGGAUGUAGGUGAAUUUAUCAUUCCCGUGCCUUAUGUGAAGCAGAUCAAGCUAUCAAGUGCUGGAGGCAGAAUCAUUAUUUCAAGUGAUGGUGUUUGGGAUGCCUUGACUGUGGAUACGGCUUUUAGUUGUGCACGAGGGCUUCCUCCAGAAGCUGCAGCGGAUCAAAUUGUCAAAGAAGCAAUUGCAUCAAAAGGAUUGAGAGAUGAUACGACUUGUAUUGUCAUUGACAUAAUACCUCCAGAAAAAAUAAGCCCCACUGUGCAACCUGCAAAAAAGGCAGGGAAAGGACUUUUCAAAAAUAUCUUUUACAAGAAAGCAACAUCAGACUCACCAUGUCAUGCAGAUAAGGACCAAUGUACCCAGCCAGAUUUGGUGGAGGAAGUCUUUGAGGAUGGAUGUCCUUCCCUUUCAAGACGGCUAGAUUCUGAAUAUCCAGUUCGGAAUAUGUUCAAGCUCUUCAUAUGUGCAAUUUGUCAAGUAGAGUUAGAGUCUGGUCAGGGUAUAUCCAUACAUGAGGGUUUGUCAAAGUCAGGAAAGCUGCGUCCAUGGGAUGGGCCUUUCCUUUGCCACAGUUGCCAGGAAAAGAAAGAAGCAAUGGAAGGAAAACGUCACUCACGAGAUUCCUCCUCAAGAAACAGUGGGUCAAGUGAAUAGUAGCCAAGUUGGAGUCAUCUUGAAGAAAUCAUCUAACAGCUUUCUGAGCGAUAACGCAUUAGUUGCAUUUCCCUUGGGAGUCUUUCAGUGGUUCCUCUGCUCAUGGAUUGGUAUGAAAUAGGAUUAUAUAUUUAUAGAAUGGUACAGCUGUGACAAGGUGACUAUCGGCUUAUACAUUACUGAAAUCUGAAGACGCAACACAUUGUGUAGCAAGUAUCUUACCGAGCUACUGUCAAGUCAAAAUCUCCAGUGGGGCUUCUGGCAGCGGCACAUACAGGCCAAAGACCUGCGAAUCAAGAAUGACCGAUCUAAGGCUGAUACAUGUGUAAAUUAUUCAUCAUAUAGAGGUGCGUCAAAUCGCCGCGGCUUUAUAUUUCUCAGCUAGGACUAGGUAUGUAUUCUGAAAUUCGUUUUGGGGAGAAAUUACAUUAUUAAGGUCAAAGUAACCCGUUUUCCUGUUAGAAAUUUUCACCAUUUCAUCCUAUUCUAGUUUCAACAGUGUACUUAUAUCCAAGGAGAUUCUUGCAAACAGCUAUCCUCACUGUUAUCCUCUUUAACCUAUGUGUAAUGUAAAUAAGCUUGAAGUUAGGAAGUUGUUGCUCCAUUGCACAUUGCA